CUGACAAAACCUCGUGUCUGUGGCGGCCUUUAUGAUAUACUACAGCAACAACUUUACUUUAUGUUGUGUUAUGUUAUUAUGUGUAUGUUCUCUUACGUUACGUCUUAUUGUUGUUGCUGUGCCCAAGCUCAGACUUCGUCGUCAUGAAAACCGCUUUUGUUUGCUAGCAACGCGUUUGUCGAUGCGUCGAUGCAAACACACGAAAUGGUUUGAAAAUGGAAUCCAAACGUCUGUUAUACGAUAAAGUACGGCAGCAGACGAGGAGGCGACUUCGAAAACAGAGCGAAGCCAGUGAGAGCUUUGCACAGUACGAAAAUGAAGCAUUUGGUGGAGAUGAAGAUUUUCAGCUAGGAGAAUACAGUCCAGCAGUCAGCACAGGAGACCUCGCAAGAGCUAGAAUACGUAGUCGCUGCCUACACAGGAAGCACACAGAAAAUCUGGGAGAAGAAAACCUUUCGUCAUAUCUACCACAGAAGAUCUUGGGGCAACAAGGGUCAGGUGGACACUCUCUCCAUGUGAGCAGCGCACGGCAGAAUCAGGAAGCAGAACUGAAAAUAGCAGUGGAAGAAGCAUACAACUUUUUUGCAAAAGUUCGGUUUCCUGCAGUCAGUGUAGAACACAUUGUGGAGCCUGUGGGUGAAGAAGGUGCCAGUCGAGAAGGGGACGAACUUCUGACCUUGGAUCAUAGCUUACAAGCAGAUACUGUUCUUUGUCAAACCGUCAAGCCGGUCGUGCACAUCCAUGAUAGCCAAUCAUAUCACAUCCCAUCUACAAAGAAAGUUCCACAUCACGCGAAGGUCCCCGGCUCCGAACAGGAACCAUCGCGCACCAGGAAGCCCCGCCAUGUAAACAAGAUGGAGAAUCGGCUUGUUAAUCAAAGUCUCACGCACCGCUUAUACCUUCUUGAGCCGUGUCGGUGUAUGUUACGAGUCACAUGCCAGGGAACCAUGCUACGUCACAGCUUUUUCUCAUUCACCGAUACGCUCUUUCCAAGAAUGGAGGAUUUUGUAAAGGAAUUGCAUUGGUUUGACCGUUAUGGCAACAUACACAAUGGUGCAUAUCCAGCAGCCUUUGAUGAUACCUCCUCAUGUCCUCAUGGACACCAGGAUAACACAAGGGAUCUUCAUGUUUCCUACAUGAAGGCCUCCUCCAGUAUUGCUUAUAGCUAUGACCUAGAUGAACGCUACAGAAUAGAUAUUGACAUCUCUUCAGUGAUGUUUCAUCAUCAUCCAUUGUUUAGCAAGGAACACCUCCUCACAUCUCAACUGCUCAUGCUCUACAGAAAGUAUAGUGAGACUUCAAGUCUACAAGAAGAGAUUGUGAACCUAAAAAGGGAACUUUUGAAAGUUCAGGAGGAUAACUUGAGGAAGGAGAUGCUUCUGCGGUUACUAGAUCUGCAACAGCGGGAGUCUGAAAGAAAUGACUUAGUCGAUAAGCUGAUAGUGCUCUGGAAUGAAGUGUGCCAAUUAAGGCAGGAUGAGGGAUACUCUGCAACCACUAUCAAAUUAAGAUAUCUCAAGGAUCAUAUAAAUGAUCACGUGCUUAGGAAAGAUUUUGAUGAUGCGGUUGAAGAGGAAUUUGAAUUACAGAAUAUUCUCUACAGUCAAGAAAACACGGUCACAUGCCAGGAACAGAGGCAACCCCCCAAGGAAUCAUUGGACGAUGCUGGACCCAACCGUCCCAGCAAAGUGGAUGAGAAAAGUGUAGCCAAUGAAGCUUUCGCACAAUUAAAAAGAACAUCCGCACGAGUGGUGCUCAUGACGGAGGAUGUCACACCUUUUAACCAGUGUCCCAAGAAUGAACAGCAUCGUCGCCAGGAUGUCUCAAAUACAGUGCUGCACAUGAGUAUACUGUGCAAUGGCAAAGAAGCCUGCAAAACAGAGCACAAAGCAUUGGGCCAGGAUUUUACAGUGGAGUGGAAGCAGACAUAUAGCUUGCUGGUCAUGGAAUAUCCUCAAACAAUAACCGUGGAGCUGUACGAAACAAGUGGUCAUCGCCGUCGAAAGAUAGCGGACAUACCUCUUUCCAUUCCUGACGUUGAACAGCCCAGUGCUGAUCUUGUGGGAAUUGAAUUUGCCAGUGACUGUACUGUUGCUCCCAAGCAUGGUUCUGUUGGCUGCGGAUGGCAGUCAGGACAACAGUGGAUGAAUGGAGUCAUCCGCUGCUUUGUUUACUGGGCUGGUGACAGCAAUCGAGAAGCGCUUGCACCUAAAAACAGGGUUGCAAUAACAAGAAAACAUGCCAGAACAAGUUGCAAUUUGAGCCCAAACAUGAUUUGUAAUUCCUCAAAAGAAAAGUCCACCGUGGGUGGGCCAUUGAGUCUUAAGGCAAGCCAAUUCUGUAAUAAGGAAGACGUGGAAGGGAACAUCAGGUUUCGUCUGCUUCAACUGAGGGAUAGGAGGGUUCCAGAGUUUGGGAACUUCAUGGCAGUUCCAUUACUCGAGAAGGAGUACUUGGUGUCUCUCACGGCGAAAAUUCUUGCUAAAAAAGACACGAAAAAGAUUUUGCCAGUAUACAGUGAUCAGAUAGAGGAACACCAAGCAAGGACAGUGGAGCUCAUGAAAGAGAUGCGUGAACAGAUUAUGCAGGAAGUGUGUACAUCUCAGCGCACACUUGAGGAUGUAGUCAUGGAAGAAGAAGUGCCCACGAUUGGUUCCCUCGGGUUCAGCCUUCUCAGGCUUUUGCGAGGCCACAGGUCGCUGCGACCCACACGACGGGAAAGAAAGAAAAUCGACAUUGGCGAAGGCGAGGUCCUCGUCACCAUCCUCCGGGCGACGAAUGUUCCUACUCGUUGUGAUACAGAAGAACAAUCACCUGCUGAGAUCGUUACUGGAGUCUGUCCAUUUGUUCAAGUAAUGUUUCAACGUGAGACAGCGCAGACAUUUGUGGCAGAUGGUCCACAUCCUACAUGGAACCAAGAGCUGCAUUUGCCUUUCAAGUUCGAAGGGUCUGCCUGCACAGACAUCAUUUACUUGAACCUAUUUGACCAAGUGGUUGUAGACCUUUUGGAGGACGAUAGAGAGCGUUCGACUACAGUAUAUCAGCGCCUCCAGCACCGCUGGCUGGGUUGCCUCAAAGUUCCAUUUAUGACGCUCUAUCUAAAUGGGAAGAUCGAGGGUACAUUCCAGUUGGACGUGCCGCCGGUGCUGCUCGGCUACAAGCACGAAUCGAAGUCUGUGACUUGCGUUUCACUUUUUAUUACAAUUGAACCACCAUUGCAGCUUCCUGAUCCCAUAGGACCAAGGUGUGAGAGCGAUGAGCCCCCUGAUCUCCUGAAGAGAGCACAGGAAUUCCAGGAAGCAUUUCAGACCAAGUAUCCUAAUCGUUUUAUCAAAGCACUGGCUAUGGAUGUCAAUGGAAAAUGGGUAUUCAUUCCGCGUUACCUGCAUCCCAUUUCUCCGCCCGAGGAGCUUCUUCUAGAAGGCCCCAACAUGGACGUUGUUGCACGAUUUGUUUCCCUUAUACCAACUCUGGCAGACAGCGCACUUUUUCCUGGUGUCUGCGACAUUUGGAGUACAUGUGACCAAUUCCUCGAGGUGCUUGUUGGGGAUGAGGAGGAGCAUGCAGUACUGCUGUGCAACUUUUUCCUUCACAUGGGCAAAGAUGCUUACCUACUCUUGGGCACUGGAAUCCCUGAAGGGCAAACGGCUUACGUUCUCACUAGGGAAGAUGAGCUAUCGGUUUGGAAUGCUACAACAGGAAAGCGGUAUUCCGUCACCGACAGUAGCAGCCCCCUCCAAUCUGUCGGUUGCAUCAUUAGCUCUGACAACGUAUGGGUAAAUGUCCAAAAGCAUGACCUUCCUUCAAGAAUGACAUUCAACUUGAAAAAGGCAGCUCACUGGACCCCAUUACUGAAGAAAAAGGGCUCUGAGUUUCACACAGUGCAGCCAAAUGACUUGAAUUACAAAGCGACAGACCUUCAUUUUGCUGAACAACUUGAGCAGAAGAUUGAGUAUGUCUUGAAAGAAAGCAUCAUGAAGUGGCGGAAGAGAUUCCGCACAUUGUGGAACCGCCAUGCAAGUCAUAUCUUGCGAAAGAUUCUCCAACAGUUAGAACGGACCCUGGUCAGUAACACUACCAGGAGUGAUUUUCAAAGCCUUUCGGAGCUCUCUGCAUCCUACAAGAUCAGUGGUUUUCCUCUUAGCAUGGGGUUCACCACUGUGGAUGCUGUGGUUGAGACCAUUCUUUCUACGGGCGUCCACCUCACCCAAGAAAAUGCAGUCGAGUUUGCACUGGCUGUCAAUGUUCACCCAUACCCUUGUAACGUUUUCGCCAUCUGGGUUUAUGUAGCAGCGCUAACACGGAGAAUUUAGAAGAAUAUGUCAUCCAUAUAAAAAUAUUGGUCCCUCUGCAGCCAAUGUCAUAGUUCUAAUGGAUUAAUGCAUGAUUGAUUUAUUGAUCCACAAUAAUGCAGUAUGCUUUUCCUAUACCUUAGCAUUGUAUAAUUGUAAAAAUUGUCCAACCCCUACCCUCAUUAUCUUGGUGUCUGUGCAUUGUUUUUAUAACAUGUCACUAUCCAACCCCUGGAUGAGCAAGUAAAUUUUUCACGACAGUCACAGUUGCUGUAAGCAACUUGUAUAUACGAGGGGUGUUCAAUUCAAACCGGGAUUUUCUGUCUCCUGAGUGUACAAAUGGCUCGCGCUACUUCUUUUUCGUCAUUUUCACACGCGACAAGCCUCUGCGACUUUGUGCAAAGCAGAAGACACGUGCUGGACAAGAUGGCCGACAACGAGGGGAGCGCACGCAUGGAACAGCGAAUUGUCAUGAAGUUUGUCGUGAAUUAAGACGCAAAGUCAUCUGAAAUUCACAGAAGACUUCAGGCUCAGUAUGGCCGCGGUACACUUAGCCGCAGCAACGCGUUUGAGUGGUGCAAACGGUUCCGAGGCGGCAGUACAUCAGUGCAGGAAGAUCCUGGCCGAGGCGGCUCAGAGCCCAGUGUCAGAGUUCCUGAGAACAUCCAACGUUUUUCCACAGUUUUCUGGGACAAGGCUGACGUUCAUGUUGUCUUUCUGCCCAAUGGUACCACCAUCAAUAGUGCAUAAUACGCAAGCCCGUCUGCGAUGUGCGUGAGGCGCUGAAGCAAAAGCGGCCGGGCCUCAUUACCAAAGGAGUCCUCCUCCUACAGGACAAUGCACGCCUGCAUACCGCGCAUCUCACGACACGCACCUUACAGGAACUUGGCUGGGAGUUGCUGGCACAUCCUCCUUACAGUCCAGACCUCGCCCCCAGUGAUUUCCAUCUCUUCGGGCCACUGAAGGCGUUCCUUGGAGCACGCCACCUCAUCUGCGACGACGAGGUCAAGAAUGCUGUCCUAUCAAUGCUGCUACGCGCCUGCAAGGAUUUCUACGCUCCUGGCCUCCAAGCCCUCCUGAAAUGCUGGGACAAGUGCGUUAGUGCAGCUGCAGAUUACGUGGAAAAAUAAAACUUAAUUUCUCUCCUGUAAGUUCACUUUACUUUUGCAAAAAACGAAAAGUCCCGGUUUGACUUGAACACCCCUCGUAUAACCAAUUUCUUGUUUUUCAACGGACAAGCCCGGACGGCAGAAAUUCGAACGAAGAAAGUGGAAAAAGGGAACGGAAAACGGAAAAAACAUUUCUUCCAAUCGUCUUGGCGUCAGAUCUAUCCAAUGUAUACCCUUCUGUUUUGUUCUUUGUGAUUUCAUCCUUGCCUUGCUUCUCUCUUCUUUGGUUCCUCCUCUCACCAAUAUCCAAAUCCUUAUAAGCAAUGUUUUAACUGCUCGAUUUGUCUGAAGAAGGGCAGCCUCUGCCCAAAAGCUUACAUAUUAAAUAGUUAGUCUGACUUCAUGCUUCAUUCUUUCGUUAUUUUUCUUGACGUUUCAACAGGCUGGACUGUGUAUUAUUUUACCCUCUUGAUUCCUUUAUAAAAGAAACUCAUGCAGUUCCAUGUUGCACACUCACAAUGUAGCAUUGAACCAUGUUUCUGUAGAAAACUUUUUUUUGAAAGAAUAAAGUUGUUCUUCA